CUCAUCUUUGCAUCUCUUCUCGAUUUCGCCGUACACCGGACACUGAUUGCCUCGAACCGGAAGGCGUCGUCGUUUUUGCACCUCGUUGUUCCUUUUCGAAUUCGGAUUUUGAUUGUGUUUUCGGUCGAAUGCUAGGGUUCUAUGUGACAUCGUUGAUUUUCAGAGUUGCUUCGCUCUUCGGAGGUUGAUUUCAGCUUGAAAACAUUUGGCUCUGUGAUUUGGUUUUAGUUAUCUGAAUUGAGAUUUCGAUUGUGAAGCGCUGCUGCUGCUGAUUUUUGGAAGCUGAAUCUUCUAAAAGCAGGAGGGAUGAAGAGUAUUAGAGAUUGGGCCAAUUCUCAAAUGCUAUCUAAUUCCUUGGCCUCAUCUAGACCAUUAUCCGGCAGUGGCAGUUUUUUUGGAGAUGGACCUCAAAAUGAAGAAUCUGGUGAUCACGCCACAAGAUCUCCUGAUUUACCAUGCACUUCGGAAGGUAAUCUGGAUAAUCAGUCUCAUUCCUCCCUGCAGCAAGUUUCAGCUGAAGAUUCUUUGCAGUCUAGUGAUAGCACUAAUGACAAAAGGGAAAAUCCUUUGGCAAAAAUUGAUAAUAUCCAAAUCAAGUUCUUGCGACUUCUUCAGAGGCUUGGGGAGCCGCAGAGCAGUGUUCUUGUUGCAAAGGUUUUAUACAGAAUACACCUAGCAACUUUGAUACGAGCGGGAGAAUCAGAUUUGAAAAGUGUAAACCACAGAAAUGAUAGAGUAAGAGCAAUAGCAGCACAACAAGAGGCAUCUGGCCAGCCUGAACUGGACUUCUCAAUUCGAAUACUUGUUCUGGGAAAGACGGGUGUUGGAAAGAGUGCAACCAUAAAUUCAGUUUUUGACCAGACGAAGACCAUGACCAAUGCUUUUAGGCCGGCCACUGAUUGCAUCCAAGAGGUUGUGGGAACUGUCAAUGGGAUUAAAAUAACUUUUAUUGAUACUCCUGGUCUUCUACCCUCAUCUACAAGUAGUACGAGAAGAAAUAGAAAAAUUAUGCUCUCUGUGAAGAGAUUCAUUAGAAAAUCUCCACCUGAUAUAGUUUUAUUUUUCGAACGUCUUGACCUCAUCAACAUGGGUUAUGGUGACUUCCCUCUUCUGAAGCUUGUGACUGAAAUAUUUGGUACAGCGGUUUGGUUUAACACGGUUCUUGUCAUGACUCAUUCUUCCCCAGCUAUUCCCGAAGGACCCAACGGGUAUCCUGUCAGCUAUGAAUCACAUGUGACCCGGUGCUCAGAGUUGUUGCAACAUUAUAUACACCAGGCUGUGUCUGACUCAAAAAUUGAGAACCCAGUGCUUCUGGUGGAGAAUCAUCCUCAAUGUAAAAGGAAUUUUGCAGGGGAAACUGUACUUCCAAAUGGGCAGGCUUGGAAAUCUCAAUUCAUGUUGUUAUGUGUAUGUACCAAAGUUCUUGGUGAUACUAAUAGUCUCUUUCAAUUUCAAGAUAGUAUUCAAUUGGGGCCAUUGAGCAGCAGUCGGCUCCCUUCUUUGCCUCGUCUCCUCUCGUCCUUUUUGCGGCAUCACCCUGUAUUGAAUCCUGGUGGAGCAGACAAUGAAACUGAUGAGAUUCUACUUUCAGAGAUUGAGGAAGAUGAUGAUUAUGAUCGGCUUCCUCCAAUUCGAAUUCUAUCUAAAGCUCAAUUUGAGAGGUUAAGUAAGACCCAGAAGAGGGCAUAUCUUGAUGAGCUGGAUUAUCGGGAGAUGCUUUAUUUGAAGAAACAAAUGAAAGAAGAGUCCCGGAGGCGAAGGGAAAGCAAACUUGCUAAAGAGGAAAAUCUAGGUGGGGAAAAUCCUUCUGAUGGCCAGCAGGAACCCGAAGCUAUUUUGUUGCCUGAUAUGGCUGUCCCUCCAAGUUUCGACUCAGAUUGCCCAGCAAACAGAUACCGCUGCCUUUUGACAAGUGAUCAAUGGCUUGCAAGACCUGUUCUCGAUCCCCAAGGAUGGGAUCAUGAUGUGGGGUUUGAUGGGGUGAACUUGGAGACUGCUGUGGAAAUAAAACGGAAUAUAUUUGCCUCGAUAACUGGACAAGUGAGCAAGGACAAGCAGGAUUUCAGUAUUCAGUCAGAGUGUUCUGCAGCUUACAUAGAUCCAAUGGGGCCCACAUAUUCUGUAGGUCUUGAUGUUCAAUCUGCUGGCAAAGACCUGAUAUUCACUGCUCGUAGCAACACAAAGCUGAGGAGCUUCAAGUGCAACUUUACAGAUUGUGGACUUUCUUUGGCAUCUUAUGGGAAUAGUUAUUUUUUUGGUGCCAAGCUUGAAGAUACAAUAUUGGCGGGGAAGAGAUUGAAGUUUUCAGCUAGUGCCGGACAGAUGAGGGGUAUGGGACAAGCAGCAUAUGGUGGUAGUUUUGAGACCACUUUAAGAGGGGGUGACUAUCCUGUGAGGAAAGACAAUGUUAGUGUUUCAAUGACAGCUCUUUCCUUUAACAAAGAAACAGUCUUAGGUGGGGGUUUCCAGUCUGAGUUCCAGCCAAUCCGGGGCACGAAAUUGUCGCUCAGUGGAAAUUUAAAUAGUCAGAAAAUGGGACAGUUUUCUGUUAAGGUGAGUACCUCUGAGCAUGUGGAGGUUGCCCUUAUUGCGGUUUUCACUAUUUUUAAGUCUCUACUUCGUAGGAAGGGAACCGAGAACGGUAGAGAAACAUUGGAGAGCGGAUAAGCAUAAACUUCUGUUGCUCUUUGUGAUGCAUGAAUCUGUUUACUCUCAGUAUUGAAACCAUGACAGCAAAAGCAAUCUAUAUCUGGAGGUUAAGCUAUGAAGCCCUAAGGUAUAUAAAGAAGACAAUGCUGACAUGUUUUUAGAAGCCAUAUUGGGCUGUCUCUGCCCUUCCAAAUGUUGUUUUAGAUCCUUAAACAGGUAGCAUGGAGUACACAAUUGGAGAGAGUCAUUUUGAGUUUUUUCCUUCAAACUGAUUAUCAUUUUAUGUCAGUUUUAGCAGAUAAAAGUAGCAAACAGAUGACUGUAAUAAUGUACAGGAAAUCUUGGGAAGGUCUCAUUUUUUGUUUUGAAGUUUUGCUAUUCAUGGUGUAAUCCAAAUACACAGCACAGUUGAUUAAAUACAAUGGAGUUUGAACA